CUCUUCUCUCUCUUCCCUCUCUCUUCCCUCUGCUAAAAUCCAACUGCUUACUUCAAAACCUUGGUGAUAUGCUCGGUGUUAGGGUUCCCUUGUCUGCUAAGCCAAUCUCCUAUUUAACCCACUCCUCCAUUUCAUUCCACAUCAACUCUUAUCACCCGUCUUAAAUGUUACUACUAGUGCCAUGGCUGCUGAGCUUGGCCUUGUGUCCUUGACCCAGCUCCAGAAAUUGACUCAGUCUCAGCAGCAUCAACGCCCGGAGGAAGAAAACCCUAGCUCAACAAGCAGCUCGUGGAUGUGGAACCCUAAGCAAGCACAGACACAAGCACAAGCUCAAGAAGAUGAUGAUUCAUGGGAGGUAAGAGCCUUUGCAGAAGACACUGGCAAUAUCAUGGGCACCACUUGGCCACCUAGGUCAUACACUUGCACUUUCUGUAGAAGGGAAUUCCGUUCUGCCCAAGCCCUAGGAGGUCACAUGAAUGUGCACCGCCGCGACCGAGCGAGGCUCCACCAAACGCACCCGGGUUCAAACAACCCCACUUCAUCAUCCUCCACUAACUCAUCAUCCACCCUCAUAAUCCCAACCCAAGAAUUCAUCACAAAUGGUGGGCUAUGCCUUCUCUACCAGCUACCACCUAACCCUAAUGCCCUCUUCACCCCUACUUCCAUAAAUUCAUGUAUGGAUUCCCCCUCCACUCUCCUCUCCAUCGCCCCGUAUCCACCCAAUAACUUGAUCUCACCUUGCCCUCCAUCAAUUAAUUUUUCUGCACCACCACAAGGCAUCGCUCUCUGUCCCUCCAGCAAACCCGAGCCGUCUGCAGUGUCCAAUGGCGACGACGAUAAUGAGAAUACCAGCAACAAUUACAACGACUCAGCCAUGGAGGAGCUUGAUCUAGAGCUCCGACUAGGACACAGACCCUCGCCGUCAUAACAAUAUUCCACAAUUAAAACAUAGUGUGCAAUUUAUUGAUGCUUACUGUUCUAGGCAGCUGAGUGGCAUUAAUGUGUAGAAUUGAUACACAGUCAAGUAUUGAGAGACCUAGUGUGAGAUUAAUUUUGUUUUCUGUGAUGGGUGAUAAUUUGCUUUGUGUGAUUGAAGAAGAAGAGGAAGAAGAAGAACAAAAAGAAGAAGAAGAAGAGAGAGAUGCAGGGUGUAAAUUGAAUGGACAAGAAGGGGGGUUUAAGUUUUAAGAAGAUUAAUAAUAAAAGAAAAUUAGGGUUUGAGUGAAA